AUAAACAGAGGAAACACUGCGGAUGCACAACCAGGUUUCGAAAUUGCACCUUGCUGUAAUUCUACUAUUCUAACUCUCAACAGUAAAUUGAGACCCCGACUUGAGUUAAUUUGUUUCUGGGAAUAUCAACACGGUUAAGCGUAUGAUAACGGUCCUAUAUGUGAGAAAUCGCGUAUAGCUAACAAAAUGUUAAGUCAUAUACCUAACUGUCUUUGAGUCACCCAAUGAAUUCGGGUAGAAAAAAAAAUCCACAAAUUGAUGAAAAGCACUAUGCCUAUAAAACCAUGAGACUAUAAGAUGCUACUUUAUCAGAACCACAGCGAUCUCAGUGGUGGAAAUGUUGGACACACGGGGAGGGUCGACUUACAGAUGACAUUGACGCUAUGUAGAUGAGAACGGGGAUUUGUGGUCCGCGUAAUAACCCUGGCCGCUGAAGAUAGACGGUGUUACGAGGUGAAGCUGCUGCCUUUUCGUGGUGUUGUUCCCCCCCCCGCUCUGCUCUCCUCUGCUUGUCUCUCUCUCCUUCAGGCAUCACCAAGCUAACGGACAGCACCACUCACACCUAGUUCCUGCUUUCCUGCAAACUCACCUUUCCCAUCAGGAUCAUAGUUUAGUUUUGCUUAUCUAUCUCUAAAAAUAUUUGAUUUGGUCUGCCCGGUUAGAAGCUUCAAGAACACAACUUUUCGAAGAACGCACGGAUACUAUACCAUGUCCAACAAUUCUGGCUGGCACAGCAGUUUAAUUGUUCGCUUUUAACUUCCUCGGUGUUCCCUCUCCUUCUCCCGCUCCUUCACAUCCAACGGUCAAUCGGCUGGGUAACGAACCGCGAAGCUGCUCUCUACGUGGAUCAGUGGGGUUAAAAUCUUCCAACCGCCUGCCAGCCUUGCCAGGAAAUCUAAACCUAAUCAGAGAGACAUGGCGACUAAUGGAACUAAAGCCUCGGAUGGACACGUUUUAACGGAGGUGAAUGCGGAGCCUAAUGACAAACCCAAAACCUUGGUCGUAAAAGUUCAGAAAAAGGAACUUCCCGAAAGAGAGAACUGGACUGGAAAAUUUGACUUUCUCCUGUCUUGCGUCGGGUACGCAAUUGGUCUCGGAAAUGUCUGGAGAUUUCCUUAUCUAUGUGGGAAGAACGGAGGAGGGGCCUUCUUGAUUCCAUACUUUUUGACGCUCAUAUUUGCUGGCAUGCCCCUGUUUCUGCUCGAAACGUCCCUCGGUCAGUACACAUCGAUUGGAGGGCUUGGGGUGUGGAAACUGGCGCCCAUGUUUAAAGGUGUUGGUCUGGCCGCUGCAGUGCUGUCUUUCUGGCUAAAUAUUUAUUACAUUGUCAUCAUUUCCUGGGCCAUAUACUAUCUCUGGUCCUCCUUUACUUCUGAGUUGCCAUGGCAAUCAUGUGGAAAUUCUUGGAAUACAGAUCGCUGUUACACCAACUACAGCAUCCCGAACGCUGUCAACCUCACCAGCGCAGUUCAGGAAUUCUGGGAACGUAACAUGCACCAAUUGACGGAUGGUCUGGAGAAACCUGGGGAGAUCAGAGCGCCUCUAGCCAUCACGCUGGCCAUCGCUUGGGUCCUGGUUUAUUUCUGCAUCUGGAAAGGUGUCGCAUGGACCGGCAAGGUGGUGUACUUCUCAGCGACGUACCCCUACUUUAUGCUCUUCAUCCUCUUCUGCCGCGGCAUCACUCUGCCCGGAGCCAUUGAUGGAAUCCUCUUCUAUAUCACGCCCAACUUUGAGAAGCUCAAGGAAUCAGAGGUGUGGUUGGAUGCUGCCACUCAGAUCUUUUUCUCCUAUGGGCUGGGGCUGGGAUCACUGAUUGCUCUGGGAAGCUACAACCCAUUCAAUAAUAAUGUUUACAGAGAUUCUGUCAUUGUGUGCUGCAUCAACUCGUUCACCAGCAUGUUCGCUGGCUUAGUCAUCUUCUCCAUUGUGGGCUUCAUGGCCAACGUGACUAAGAGGCCUAUAAUAGAAGUAGCAGCCUCAGGUCCUGGCUUGGCGUUCUUGGCCUACCCUGAGGCAGUAACCCAGCUGCCUAUCUCUCCUCUCUGGGCGAUCCUUUUCUUCUCCAUGUUGCUCAUGCUGGGAAUAGACAGUCAGUUCUGUACGGUGGAGGGCUUCAUCACUGCAUUGGUGGAUGAGUUCCCCAGGGCUCUGAGAGGAAGAAGAGAACUCUUCAUCGCUGCCGUCUGCCUGGUCUCUUACAUCAUUGGCCUGUCCAACAUCACACAGGGUGGGCUGUACGUGUUCAAGCUGUUUGACUACUAUUCUGCCAGCGGCAUGUGCCUGCUCUUCCUGGUCUUCUUCGAGUGUGUCUCCAUAUCCUGGUUCUACGGUGCUGAUAAGUUCCUUGCCAACAUUGAGGAGAUGAUUGGCUUUAGGCCCUGCCUGUGGUGGAAGCUGUGUUGGGUCGUGUUCACUCCUCUCAUCGUGGCUGGAGUGUUCCUGUUCAGUGCUGUCCAGAUGGUUCCUCUCACCAUGAACAACUACGUGUUCCCGGCCUGGGGACAGGGAGUAGGCUGGUGCAUGGCGUUGUCCUCCAUGCUCCUGAUACCUGGAUACAUGAUCUAUAUGUUCCUCAACCUCAAGGGGGAUUACAAAGAGCGUCUGCGGAUAAUGAUCCAACCCCCGAUGAUGGUGAGAGGAGAACGCCAGGAGAACGGUCCUGAGCAGACACCGGCAGCAGCCACUGAAGAGGCUUACAUCUAAACCCUGUUGUAUUCAGCCUGUCUCCAACUCUUUGCAGAAAACAACGUAAUCAAGGUGAAGCACAACCAAGGGAUGCAUUCCCAAAUGGAGUCCUAUUCUAUAUAUAGUGCACUACUUUUGAUCAGGGCCCAUAUGGACUACUACCUAAUAUAGGCCCUGGUUAAAAGUAGUGCACUAUAUAGGGAAUAGGACGUCAUUUGGGACGCAGAAAAGACCUUCCAUGUCUGAUAUCUAAUCACCUACCUCCAGGGGAAACGUGACCAACCUGAUUACAUUUUACUUUUCGUUUAUUUUUCAUUUAUUUUUAUUUAUUUGUUUUUAUUAGUUUUUUCAUUUGUUUUUGUCAACAGAAAUAAGAAAGUCAAACAGCUGUUAUUGUGAUAGUUUUGUGUUUCAUAUGCAAACAUGUUAGUCUUUCUAAGAUUGUUACCUAGAAAGUUACUAUAAUUUGAAUUAUAAUUUAAAUUUGGAGGCCCAAUGUGAUUCAACACUAACGUGCUAAUAUGAACUUAAUUCGUCCAUAAAAAAUUAAGUUAUUGUAAAACCGAGCCGUAGCCAGGGUCUGGGUUUCAGUGCGUCUGGAAGGGGAGGGGGGGGGGGGGGGGGCUAUUAGGAAUGACUUCAGUCGUUAUCACAUUGGUUAUUGUAGCUUCCUUCACCUCAGCGGAUCUACAAACACAUAGCCUGUUAGCUAUACAAUUAGCCGCGACACAUUAACUCACAUUAACUCAGCACCAGGAUAAAAAAAAUAUAUCAUGGAAUAUGUACAGAGGUAUCUGACAGCAGAAAAAACUAUUUCAUUAACAAAAGUCAACAAAUAUAGUUUUUUUUGCAGUUUUAUAGCUAAUCUACACAUUUUGCCAUGUUAAUAUGAUAUCUGAGCGAGUGAGCAAAUAAAAUCAAUUGGGGCCCCCUGGAGGUCAAGGCCCCCUGGAGGUCAAGGCCCCCUGGAGGUCAAGGCCCCCUGGGAAUGUGCCCUGCAUGCCCUGUCGGUAAUUCAGCCAUGAUUACUACACGUUUAGAUGAGUAAAUAGACUAAUUAACCAAUCUAAAAAGGUUUAACUGAAUUGGGCUAAUUGAGUGACUGUCACACAUAAAGAAAAUAUGCACAUUUUCACAUCCGUGGUGUGUUUCCACCUAAUAGACUUGUUACAGAUUAAACAAUCAGUGUGAGAUAGAAUAGUGCACAUAAAAAUAAAUUUUUGCAUUCCAGUUUUCAUGUACCGAAUUUUAAACAAUCAACUAAUGUUUCCAUUGCAUUUUCAACUCUACCAAAACAGUUUUGUCACAAAAAAAAAAAUGGUUGACUUAAAUACAAAUACCAACGGCUGACAGAUGCAGUGUGGGGCUAAUCUACAUAAUGAGAUUUUUUAUGGAUAAGAGCGAGAAUAUUUUUGUUUUGUCAAACAGCAGUCGAGCAUCGAUCAUCACGUCACCAGAAUAAGACCCCAGAUAUUUAUUAGAAAGGGAGCAUCAAGAUCAUCUUUCACCACCGUGUGAAGUUCAUCUUCCUUUAUUUAAUAGCAAGCCUAAUAAACUGCUUUCCCGAGUCGUAGUGGGGGAGGACCACACACCAUAUCAUCACGUGACUCCAAAUUUACUUCAAUAGGAUGGUUAUGAUAUAAAUAUUUGAGCGUCAAAGUGAUUUCCACCCACCAUUUCUCACAAAACACAUUUUACAGACACAAAAAAAACAUCCCACCAUGUUGAACGAAGAGAUGAUCUAUCGGCAUUGGACUGAAACUUCCUGUUUCCAUCACACCUGAUUUAUUGUAUUUUUUAUAUGGUAAGACAUUACUUGCAUAACAACCUUGGAUGGAGCAUGGUUUACUGACACAUAACAAGAGAGAAAAUGCAGAUGCACAACCAAGUUUCAGCAUUUCACCUUGUGUAUUCAACUAUUCUAAUUCUCAACAGUAAUUUGAGACCCCAAACAAGAGUUUAAAAAUAUAUAUAUAAAAACAUAAACAAAUAUCCAAUAUGAAAUCAUUAUUGAGGUUCGGACCUCGGUGUCCUCAUAUGUUGCUCUGAUUGUAAAAAGGAAAGAUACACAUUAAAAUCCGUAUCAAAGAGAUACAGAAAAAAAACGAUGUAUUAAAGUCAACAAAUUAAUUCAAUAUGAAAAUUGCAUAGUGGAAUUGAAUAUUGACCAAUCACAUCGAUGACCAUUAUGGGAAAGUGCAACCUGCAAAUGUCCAUAUCUUUUAUAUCACAAACAUGUAUAGUAACCUUUGAAAAGCACAAGGCCAGUAUGGAUCUCAGACCAUCUGGCAUGACAUGACUGUAGUACCUGUUACAAAACAACGCAGAUUACCGUUACAUACGAGAGACUGUUUUAGUUGUAUCUUUGUUUUUCUAAAGAACAAUAACUUUCUAUGUGUCCUAUAACUUGUUUUUAGAAUCCUCUGUAGGAUGUUUUUUGUAUGUGAGAGUGAGACGGACCAAAAUCAUACGCUGGUGAGAAGGGAUUAGCGCAAAACACUAAACGACAUGUGACACGGUCUAGAUUUACAAACGGAAAUGAGAAGCAUCCCUCACAUGCCGUCGCUGCAGAGAACAGGGGACAAUGAGAGGUAUUACUACAGAAGCAGCAUUUGAGCAGUGAUUGUCUAACAACUCCUAAUAACCCAGAUAUACUGUUUUACUGCAAUCAUGUUUACCACAUUUAGUGUCCAACUCCUCAGGAACAGCCGUGAAAAGCGACCAAAUGAUCUACUGAAACUACCGUGAUGAGAGUUGUGAACAAAGACUUUCCUUCCUUCCACCAGUCAGUCAGUUAGUCAGUCAUUCUAGUCGAAGCCAGAGCCAUGUAUUUAGAGAUGAGGUUUGUUAGUCAGUCAUUCUAGUCGAAGCCAGAGCCAUGUAUUUAGAGAUUAGGUUUCAGUUAGUCAGUCAUUCUAGUCGAAGCCAGAGCCAUGUAUUUAGAGAGAUGAGGUUUCUGCAAUAUGAUGCAUUAACUUGACAAUACAACAUUCUAUAGCAGCCAUGUUAGAACCCCAUUAACAUGACACUACAACAUUCUAUAGCAGCCAUGUUAGAACCCCAUUAACAUGACACUACAACAUUCUAUAGCAGCCAUGUUAGAACCCCAUUAACAUGACACUACAACAUUCUAUAACAGCCAUGUUAGAACCCCAUUAACAUGACACUACAACAUUCUAUAGCAGCCAUGUUAGAACCCCAUUAACAUGACACUACAACAUUCUAUAUCAGCCAUGUUAGAACCCCAUUAACAUGACACUACAACAUUCUAUAGCAGCCAUGUUAGAACCCCAUUAACAUGACACUACAACAUUCUAUAACAGCCAUGUUAGAACCCCAUUAACAUGACACUACAACAUUCUAUAACAGCCAUGUUAACUCUCCUUUAACAUUACAUGGGUAAUAUUUAAACAAUGCCAUCUAAAUUAAUAUGUAGAAUUAGAACAAUUAUUGACAAUUCUAACUGUUUAAAUAUAUGGCUCUGUUAAUAGCCAUAGUCUGUUGUUAUGACUGUACAGGUUUCCAAUGUCAUGAUCUGAGAGAGAAACCUUAUAGAUGGACUACAACCUAACCUGACCAGAAACCAACAACAGGCCAAUAUUAUUACUGAAAAUAUACCUUUUUUUCUUUUUUUUAAUUGAAAGACGAAACAUAUGAAUUAUCAAGUUGUUUGGCAAUAUAUAUAGAAAUAGAUUAAUAUAUAUACAGUAUAUGUAUAAAUAUAUUUAGUUUUAUUAUAUAUUAAUUCCACAAAAUGAUCAAAGAUGUAUUUCUAUAAAGAUUAAACUAGUUUGUUUCCAUGGCAGCUACAAAUGACACGGAUCUGGUUUCAAUGAGUCAUUUUGGUCUCUGCAAAGAUUAUAUAACUAAAAUGUGCAAUGAAUAAGGGUUCCAUUCAUUUUGUAUAAAGUUACCAUACUGCAGUUUUCUGUCUUCAAAUGAUGUUGUAAAACUCUGUGUUAUACGUGUAACUGUGGCCUCUGUGAAUUGUCCGUACGAUCUGAUCUGAUGUGUCUACAUGUUGAAGAAAAAAAACAUCUGUUUUCUGCAAUAAUAUGAUUCUCUCAGAAACUAAAGCACAUACAGUAUAUUUCUGAUAAGUAAUAUAAUACAAUUGCAAUAAUGAUAGUAGUAUAAUAAUUAAAUAAUAUAUACACUCGUCUAGUCAAAAGAAUCUUGUUUUGUAUAUUUCUACCAGUUUCAUGGGCCUAAUGUAAAAUAUUCUAUGUAAAAAAUAAAAUAUAUAAUAAAUGUCUUUAGAUGGUGUUAUAUGAAAAAAAGCAUGAUUGCCAUAUAUGUUAUCUGCAGAAGUAAAUAAAGAACUAUAGAUUAUAACGUCUGCUUUUCAUCAUGUCUAUAUUUGGGGGGGAUAUUAUCUUUUUGGUUUUAGAUGAACUAUUUUAUUAAAUGUAUCUAAUUAAAAGUGUAUUAUAUAUUGUAUUACAGAGAUUGAUUAUAUAUAUAUAUAUCAGUAAAAUGAUUAAAACAGGACUCUGAGACUCGAGGACAGUAUAGUACAUCCGUUGCAGAAUAAAAACACUGUUUUACAGUGCAUGGACAAAUGCAUGGACAAAUGGCAUUCUUCUACAGUGUGAAUCCUUUUAUACAGAUUAUACUUCUGAUUUAUAGUGGUGUGAUUGGGUGUUCACAUUGUAUUACCUUUCCUUUGAAUUAUCGUCUCUUAAAUCAUCUUAAAGUAUCGCUACAUAACAGGGGGACACAUAUUGUAAAGACUUGUUUUCAUGUCUGAUUAUUUAAUCCCUGUGUGGUGUUGAAUGUUGUUGUUAUUCACCCAAUGUUCACGGGUCUGAUGGACCCACAACAUUAUUGUUU